AUGCUCUCGGUCAAGGUCCCCGCCAACCUCCCCGAGUUGGUGAAGGCGGCCUUCAACCGCGCGCGCGCCAGUGGCGACGUGCACUUCUUCCCGACUCAGGUCACCCUCGUCAAUGUCAACUCGAUCCCGUUCCAACUGCGCUUCUCUCCCGCCCUGGCAAGCAAGCCUCAGGUCCCACAACCGCCCGCGCCCUCCCCCGAUGCCGAGCCCUCUGCGAAAGAAGGGCGACCGCGACAGCCACAAAAGAAAUCCUUCUUCGACCCCUUCGACAAUCCGCCCGAGGCUAUGCUCAUCACCCCUCUCGAUCCGGCACACAACCUGGUCCUGAACAAGUUUGCCAUCGUGCCCGAGCACUUCAUCCUGGCCACCCGCGCCUUCAAGGAGCAGACGGACCUGCUGGAGCGGGACGACCUCGAGGCGGCGUACGCUUGCAUCGAGGCGUAUCACAACAGCAGCGAGAAUGACGACAGCGGCAGCGAGCUAUACGUCUUCUUCAACUCGGGCCCGGCCUCGGGCUCGAGCCAGCCGCACCGCCACCUGCAGAUGCUCCCCGUGCGGAGGAUGCGGGAGGGCCUGGACGGCGGGGACGGCGGGGCAUGGGACGUGCUUGCGGGCCAGCUGCUCGACCCCGGGGUGCGGCGGCGGGUGCCCUUCAGCACGUUCGCCGAGCCGAUCGGGCCCGGCGCCGACCUGCUGGGCACGUACCUGAGGCUGUAUCGGCGUGCCUGCGCUGCUGUCCUGGGGCCUACCGCCGCCGCCGCCGGCGCUUCUCAGUCCGAGGGGAGGCCGGACGGGGAGAAGGAGGCGAGGGUGGAGUACAACCUGGCCAUGACGAGGGACGUCAUGGCGGUCGCGCCUCGCGUGGUCGAAGGCACGGCGGUGACGGCGGCUGCGGAGGACGGGACCGGCAGGAAGGAGGUGGGCAGGCUCGCGCUCAACGGGACCGUGCUGGCGGGCACGGCGCUGGUCAAGACGCAGGCGGAGUGGGAUGCGCUGAGGGCGGAGCCGGAGCAGCUGUUGGAGAUUCUGGGGAGAAUAGGGGUGCCGACUGUUCCGGCUCCGUCGCCGCUGUGA